AUGACAGGCCGUCAGAAUGAAUACUUUAUCCCCGGCGAUGGAAUCAGCCGCGAAGUUAUCCAAGCAGAUAUCUGCCGCUAUCUGGGGAACGACGCGCUCGUGAGACCUGGCAACCAUGGUGUCCGUCUCCUCUCCCCCUUUGACUCACAAUCGAACAGUUUGACUGACCAUCCACAGGGUCGCCAAGGGUUUUUCAUCCGUGCUUAUCGGAAUCUCACAUCUGAGAUGAUUGCUGAUAUCAAGGCUGACUCCGCCCGCUGGGAGGCUGAUGUCUCGCGACGGGCUGACCUAGGCUAUCCGAGAGGUAGUUACAAUCAAGAUGUUAACCCAUCUCAUGCCCCUAACAACCACUCAGCGAACUAUGCCACAUCUGCCAUUCAUGAGGUUCGCCAGCAACCGGGGCCAUCCCCGCCCACAUUCAGUGCCGCUCCGGCACAACAGCCAUACAUGGAUCAAUAUUCCCCAAGUCCGUACAGCGGAUCCCAGAAUGCUUCCUACAACAACCCUCCUUCCUACACUUCCACUCACUCGCCCUACGGAGCAGGACAGGCUCCUUACCCUCCGCCUCAGGUCUCCUACUCUGGAUCCUCUCAGCCCGUUGUGACGGCUGCUGACAUGCAUCCUGCAUCCUACACCUACUCCGCCGCUGGUGGCUACGGUUACGAGGGCGGUGGCCGAAAUGCCCCCAGAUACCCGGGACCAGGCUAUGAUGACCAGUCGGACUAUUCCCCCGUGACCUCCGGGAUGGCAUACCCUACCACUACUGCCCCGGAUCCCCGGAUAGGAAUGGAGCCGAGAUAUACUCCGGAAUACGAGCGCAGUAGGCCGCAACCCACCCGAGAGCGUGACCCUCACCGUCGGCGGUAA